AUGACUCAAUUUGGCGACAAACGCCAGAGCGUGAGGGACGAAGGGAGCUGGGGCUGGGGAGUGACUCAACAGCAGCAACAACAACAACAACAACAACAACAACAGCCACAACAACAAUGGCAGCAGCAGUAACAAUAACAAUUACAACAACAACAACAGCAAGAGCAGCAACAGCAACAGCAACGGCAACGGCAACAACUACAAUGGAAGCCGCCACAGCAGCAGCAGCAGGAACAGCAGCAGCAGGAGCAGCAGCAGGAGCAGCAGCAGCAGCAGCAGCAGCAGCAGUUUAAAGGCAAAGCUCAAGCUUCAACUGAAGCUGAGUUGGAGCUGGAGCUGGAGCUGUCGUUGACGCUGAAGCUGAAGACGCGUCCCGUCGGCCCGUUCAGCCAUCACAUGUUGCGCCCAUGA